ACGUAACACGUGAUCACCGAAUAAUUGCCUAAUGUUGUAUCCUAGCAACACCGGCUUUUAUUGCGAUGACUACGUGCAGUUGUGAUUUUCGGUCAUUCAUGACACUUUUAAUAACUGCAAUAAACGUGCGCAGCUGGGUUUGUCACGAACUCGGCUUUCUUAAUAACGUGGUAUUGCAGCUAUUUACCUACCGCACGCAAGACUUAGCACCAGCACGUAGCUCAUCGCGGAGGCGCGCGGGCGAUCAGCUGAUUUCUUAUACCGUUAGUAAAACGUCGUGUACUGAUUUAAAGUGCCUGUUACUGGCAGAGGCACGCGUAGCGAGUAUUGUGUUUGCGCGAAAAUAAUCGAGGUGUGGUGUGGUGGCUUACAACGCUGAAAAUACUAUUUUUCGUCUCCACCAAUCGGAGACGCGGAGAGCCACGUGACGUAGUCCUUCCUCGAUCGUUCGCUGCCUGCGAUUGGUCGUUUUGAACGUGACCUCAUGAAUAGUAAUUAGUUUGCUACGGCGUACAUGUACUUUGAAGGAGGACCCCAUAUUGAGGUUGCCGCGCUGCUUGGCGCCUGCUUUCCAGCGCUGCCUGUGUUCGAGCAAGUCGGCUGCGUGCCAUCCGCCUCUGCUGCUGUCGUGCAAAUGGAGAAGAGGAUUGAAUUGGAGAAGCGGGGUAAAAACCCCGAGCAGAUACACGAGCUCAACCUCGACAACUGCAGAAGUACCGCCAUCGUCGGCCUGACGGAGGAGUUUGUCAACCUCGAGACGCUCAGCCUCAUCAAUGUCGGCCUCACGAGUCUCAAAGGAUUCCCCAAGCUUCCCAACCUCAAGAAGUUGGAGUUGAGCGACAACAGGAUCUCCGGCGGCCUCAACCUCCUGCAUGGGAGCCCUAAGCUUACGCAUUUAAAUUUGAGCGGGAACAAAAUCAAAGGGCUGGAGACCUUAGAUCCUUUGAAAGAGUUCAAGAACCUGAAGAACCUCGAUCUUUUCAACUGUGAAGUGACGAGCAUCGAGAACUACAGGGACCGGGUCUUUGAGCUCAUCCCAAGCCUCAAGUACCUGGAUGGCUACGACAGAGACGAGAAGGAGGCCGAGGACUCUGAGGCAGAUGAUGAAGAUGGUAAUGAAGAGGAUGAUGAAGAGAACGAGGUGGAUGGAGAGAGUGACGAGGAUGACGAAGAUGAUGUGAAUGUGGAUGAUGAAGACGACGAGGAUGGCGAGGACGACGACGAUGUCGAUGAGGAAGAUGGAGAAGAUGGGGAGGAAGAGGUCGGUCUCGAUUACCUAGAAAAAGACGACAUUGAUGAGGAAAGUGAAGGAGACUUCUACAACCCGUACGAUGUAGAUGACGAUGAAGACGGAGAUGAAAACGAGUCUCCAAAGGGCCAGAAGCGAAAGCGGGAAGAGGAGGAGGAAGACGGGGAGGACUGAGGGAGGGCGGGAAAAGCACUCAACACCAAUUGGAACAUCCCGGCAUCUUUACUUUAGUUUUUUUUUUAAACGUCUUCGUCAUUGUCACCUGUAGACUUUGUACAGCGGCGGACAGAGAAACAAAAUGCAACAUCACAAUCGCAUCAUCCUCGGUACCUGUCCCUAGCUUUAUUUUUCCCCCCAUUCAUUUCAUUCUUGAACAAGUUUUUUUUUUUUUUCCCCUAAAGCUUUUGCUUUGCUGGGUGCCCUUGAAGGUUACCCACUAGUUGCAUUAUUACGAGCUAUGUAUAGGUUGUUACUGCUGAACCAGAUUUCGUCUCAACGACUGUAAAAAUGGUCACGCUUGCAGCCGUGCACAUUCCAAGAGCUGUGUGCUGUUUGGGGGCGCUGCCGUCUUUCUGCAUCUGCUCGCCUGUGAGGGGCGGCACGUGAACUUUGAUACACAAGGCUACACCAAAGUUGGCCCAGAAAAGGGGGUGGCCUCUAGGGACGGUGCCGUACGGGCGCAUCCUCAUCAUCAUCCACACUAUUUUUUUUUUUCUCAAUCCGUAUUCUUCUUGGCCCUCCCUUUUCUCAAUUUGCUUUCAAACAUUGAAUGAAAUGCCUUUUAUUGUCGCAGGUUGGCUGCGAGGGAAGUGCCCGUGCGGGUGCAUUUUCUGUUGCAUGCACAUCUGCAGCUGUGCGGGCGCUUCCACUGCGGCUACCAGUCUUCUGCGGCACAGCGGUGCCGUAGAAGUGUAAAUUAUCAGCAGGGGCUUUGUCCAGUGUUUGGUUCAAUUGUUAAAUAAAGUUUUUACUGAAAUGGCAA